AUGACUAGUUCAGAACGUAAAAUAAAUCCUAACGUUUCACUUAAAGCAUCAAGUGGGACUAUUUUACCCGUGGUUGGGGAACGAAAUGUAUUAAUCACUAGUGCUUUACCUUACGUCAAUAAUAUUCCUCAUUUGGGAAAUAUAAUUGGAAGUGUAUUAAGUGCUGACGUUUUUGCUAGAUAUUCUCGUUCUCGAAACUAUAAUACACUUUAUAUUUGUGGUACCGAUGAAUAUGGUACAGCCACAGAAACAAAAGCUUUGGAAGAAGGCAUUACAUGUCAAGAACUUUGUGAUAAGUACAAUACUAUUCAUAAAGAAGUUUACGAAUGGUUUGAUAUAGGAUUUGAUUACUUUGGUCGAACUACUACUCAACACCAAACUGAAAUUGCUCAAGAAAUUUUUUUGAAAUUACAUAAAAAUGGAUAUCUCCAUGAAGAUACCAUGGUACAGCUAUUUUGUGAAAAGUUUCUCGCGGAUCGUUACGUCGAAGGUACCUGCCCCAAAUGUGGAUAUGAGGAUGCUCGAGGAGAUCAAUGUGAUUCAUGUGGUCAAUUACUUAAUGCUAUUGAAUUAGUAAAUCCACGUUGUAAAUCGGAUAAUAAUACUCCUAUCACAAGAGAAUCGAAACAUAUGUUUUUAGAUUUAGCAAGUUUACAAAAAGAUGUGGAAGAAUGGGUAGAGAAAACUAGUGUGGAAGGGAAAUGGUCAAGUAAUGGAAAGACCAUCACACAAGCUUGGCUCAGGGAAGGAUUGAAACCACGUUGUAUUACACGCGACCUUAAAUGGGGUACACCUGUUCCGCUUGAAGAUAUGAAGGAUAAAGUGUUUUAUGUUUGGUUUGAUGCUCCUAUUGGAUAUUUCUCCAUUACAGCAAAUUAUACACACGAAUGGGAGAAAUGGUGGAAAAAUCCGGAACAUGUUAAACUUUAUCAAUUUAUGGGAAAAGAUAAUGUACCUUUUCAUACUGUUAUAUUUCCAAGUUCUUUAAUUGGUACAAAAGAAGAUUGGACUUUACUUCAUCACAUAAGUACAACUGAAUUUCUUAAUUAUGAAAACACGAAAUUUUCAAAAUCUCGAAACAUUGGGGUAUUUGGUACUGAUGCCAAGGAUACUGACAUACCCGUUUCAGUUUGGCGUUAUUACCUCAUUUCGAGUCGUCCAGAAACAAAUGAUUCUAUAUUCACUUGGAAAGAAUUCAUUACUAAGAAUAACAAUGAAUUAUUAGCAAAUCUUGGAAAUUUGGUUAAUCGAGUUAUGAAAUUUGUUGCAGCCAAAUAUAAUCGAAUCCUUCCUUCCUUUUCAGUAGAUCAAGAAGCCGAACAAGAUCUUAUCAAAAACGUUAAUAAUUUAUUAACUGAUUAUAUUGAUGCAUUGGAAAAUGUAAAAUUACGAUCUGGACUCGAAAUAGCAAUGGAAAUUUCACGUCAAGGCAAUGGUUAUCUUCAAGAAUCUAAAUUAGAUAAUUCACUUUUUGCUAAUAAUCCUGAGAAGUGUGCAUCAGUAAUUGGUAUCACGAUAAAUUUGAUUUAUCUUAUUUCAGCGAUAUUUGGACCAUAUAUGCCAUCAACUGGUGAAUCCAUAGUUCGUCAAUUAAAUGCACCAUUAAGGAAUAUACCUGAUAUGUGGACAAUGGAUAUUGAACCAGGUCAUCAUUUGGGUAAAGCCGAAUAUUUAUUCACUAAAAUUGACAUGAAAAAAGAGAACGAAUUUCUUGAAAAAUAUGGUGGAGUAAUUAAAAAUAAGGAAGCUGAAAAGAAAGUUAAUAAAACCAAUAAAGCUAACAAAAAGUCAAAAGCCUAA